AUGGUAUUGGAGCCUAUUGGAGACCAUCAGAUCGACGAACAAAAGUUUCGUUUCCGUAACUAUGAAAAUUCCGCCUCUAUUGUAGACACAAAUGCAGAUCUAUUUGAUGUUAUUGGCCUGUUACGCCUAAUUGUUGGCGACAAUAUCCACUCCCCUUCAACACUGGAAACAUCACAGCAAGUGUUAGGUGAUAAUGGUCACAACACUCCAAAAAUUGCAAGAUCCUCCUCUGCCGUUACCAAACUUGAGACAGUUACAAUCCAAGAAAUUCUCCAAUUUCUACAAAAUGAGAAUCCCCAGCUUUUACUUGGUACCAUUCUUGACAUACAACCACAAUAUGGUUGGUACUACAUCUCAUGCAGCAAAUGCAACAACAAACUUGAGAAGGCUGAUACAUCUUUGUACUGCAACUACUGCAAGGAAUCCAACAACAUCGGUGUCAUCAGAUAUCGUUUUGAGAUACGAGUAUCUGACAAAAACAAAGAUGUUGCAACUUUUGUUGUCCUCGAUAGUGAGGCCACCAAAAUUGCUGGGCGUAGAGCUGCUGAUGUUUUAAACGAGGAAAUGGAGGCUUCCAGCACAACUUCGUAUACUGAAAUAAAUUUGCAGACCCCAGAAUGUUUAAAACAUAUCGUUGGCAAUACUUGCAAAUUCCAAAUCAAGCUCUCUGAAUAUAACUUCAAAACUUCUCGCCAAACUGUCUCAAUCUCCCGCAUUUUGGAAACCAUCACUGACCAUCCAGCCGAAUCAGAAGAAGGAAGUUCUACCAAGUCGCUUCCUGAAACUCAAAGUACUACCACUACAUGCAAAUCUCGAGAAAAAUCACAUGUCAAUGAUUCAACCGAUAAGAACAGAUCUACUCUGGAGAAAUGUCCCCGUCUGGAUAAUAAGUAG